UCUCCGCUCAGCACGCCGUUACAACGAGUGUGGAGAGAGAGACGAGAGACAGAGAUACUGACUGAGGCUUUGUGGAACUGAGGAAAUAACACCAUUUAAAUCGAAUAGGAUAAAAUAUCUGCCACAACAAGUACAAAAAACGAAAUUGCUAAUACACCCUCAGGUUGUACAGUAGUGCAGUUUUAGUGUUGCAGUAGAGCUGCUGAAUGCAGCGCAGUAUUUGGUAAAAUCAGUAAAACACAGGUACUGCGAUUCUGAAUCAGUUCAGUGAGACGUUCAGUGCUGUAUUCCUGUUGGUGAUUGGCUCGUUAGUUUGGUAGCUGAUUUGUGAUUGGCUCGAGUCGUCAAGUGAUUGACAGCCUCCCCCCUUUGUCCCGCCCAAGUCUGAGAAAUGAAAGUAAAAUUGUUUGGUGCAGAACCGUCUUUCUUUCAGAUGUGAAGAUGAGCUUAAUAAUUUGUCUUUUUCUGUCAGGAGUUCUGUUCAUCUGUGACGGGCUCCAUGUGCUAGGUCCCUCUGAUCCUCUGACUGUGGAGCUGGGGGGCUCAGUGAUGCUGCCCUGUUAUGUUGAAGUCCCAAUAUCACCGGAAGAGCUGGAAGUGGAGUGGAAGAGAACAGACUCUGACACCUUAGUACAUUUGUUUCAAGGUGGAGAAAGUCGACCAGAGGCUCAGGACCAGGCUUACAGUGGACGAGCCAGUUUCUUUACUGAGGAGGUUGAGCGUGGAAACUUCUCUCUCCUCCUCACAAAUCUGACCACUAAAGAUGCAGGAGUUUACAACUGUUCUGUUUACAGACAACAGGAAACUGGUCAAACAUCAAUUGAAAUAAAGGAGAUUGAGUAUUUGAUUGUGACUGGAGGUCAUGUUGUGUCUGCAUAUGUGGGUGAGGACAUCACUCUGAAUUGUUCUGUGGACUCCAGUGUCCCACCUGAAAAGCUUGAAGAGGUCUCAUGGAAGAAAGUGGAUCAGCAGAUACAAGUGCUGAUCUUCAUAAACGGUGAGGUCCAGACUGAAUCAACCCAUGAGAGAUACACUGACAGAGUUGAGUUCUUCAGCCCUGAAGAAAUCCAGAAAGGAAAUUUCUCAUUUAGACUGAAGGAUCUCCGAACUGAGGACAAAGGCCUGUAUAUAUGUGAAGCAUUCUCUGGGGAGUUUGCUGCUAACACAACUGUGGAAGUGCAGCAGCUGGGUUUUUCCAGUAUGCACACAGGGAUAUUGCUUCUCUGUGUGCUGGCAUUUGUAUUUCCGGUUUUUCUAAGCUAUCCAGCGUCUACCUCUUUAACAAAAAAUGACGACAGCAGAAGAGCCUUAGCUGUACAGUACACACUUGUCUGUUGUCCGAACAUUACUAUGUGCCUUGCCUUCAUCCUUUGGGGCGUCACUGAGGGGUUCUUCACCGAGGCUGCCACUUGCUCGGCUCUUAAUCUGCUAAGAAUUCUUUUCCUGUUUUGGAUUGCUCCUUAUCUAAAAACAUGGCAAGGAAACAUCAGAAGAUUCAUUAAACAAUCAGCAAUCACACUAGGGUAUGCUGUGAUAACUAGUUUUGCUUAUUCAGGUCUUGCUCUGCAUUCGUGGCGGUUAUAUCAGGGAAGCCAAAAUAUUGGAAUACUGGUUCCCUCCGGAUUUCUGCUAAUACCACUGCUUCUGUUGUACAUAUUUAGCUUAAUUCAAGGACUUAAAAAAAUCAAAAAAGAAGAAUUAUGGAAUGAUUGUCUAACAGAAGCUGUUAAUUUUGGACGAAUGUUUAUUUCCGUGUAUGUCACUACAGUAGCUAUUGUUUUGUUAGCAUUCCUGCAAUUUCUGCAAGUAUUGUUAAUCAUGUUAAGUGUCGUCAUCAUAAUAUUGAAGGGGACAGCUGAGGCCAAUCCAGGUGGAGCAUGGACUCUUUAA